GGGCGAGCUGCCAACACGAUGGGCGUGGCGGAGGCGGGCACUACGUUGCUGAUCCGAGCCGGUGGGCCGCACUCGUCACAGCUGGGUCAGCUAGUAGCCGGUCGGAGACAUGCGGAGCCGCUUUCUCCUCCUAACUCUCAUCGCCGUUCUUGCCAUUUUUGCAUUCCGUUCGUCAUCUGUCUAUGCCGAAGAUGAAGUUGAAACAGCGGAAACUAAAGAUGCCAAAGCUGGAGAAGAAACUAUCAAGAGCGAAGAAGACACGCUUAAGCUAGAUGGACUUACUUCUGAACAAGUUAAGGAAAUGCUGUCCAAAGCUGAGAAGCACGAAUUCCAAACGGAGGUCAACCGCAUGAUGAAGCUGAUUAUCAAUUCUCUAUAUCGCAACAAGGAGAUUUUCCUUCGAGAACUCAUCUCUAACGCUGCUGAUGCAUUAGACAAAAUUAGAUUGAUUUCGUUGACUGAUCCCAGUGCACUGCAAGCGAACGAGGACUUGAGUGUGAGAAUCAAGGCAGACCGCGAGAAUAGACUGCUUCAUAUCACUGAUUCUGGUAUCGGAAUGACCAAGGCUGAACUGAUGAGUAAUCUUGGAACAAUUGCUCGUUCUGGUACUGCGGAGUUUUUGUCAAAGCUGAUGGAUACCUCUACCUCUGCUGAUGUGCAACAGGAUCUGAUUGGACAGUUUGGAGUUGGUUUCUAUUCUGCUUUCCUCGUUGCUGAUCGUGUUGUUGUCACUUCGAAGAGCAAUGAUGAUGAACAGUACAUUUGGGAGUCAGAUUCCAGUAGCUUUACUGUCACCAAAGAUCCACGUGGACCCACACUCAAACGUGGUACCCAAAUAACUCUACAUUUGAAGGAGGAGGCUGUCGACUUCCUACAGCCCGACACAUUGAGAAACCUCGUACACAAAUACUCACAGUUUAUCAACUUCAAUAUCUACUUAUGGCAGUCUAAGACUGAGAUGGUUGAUGAACCUGUCGAAGAAGAAGUCAAAGAAACAAAGGAAGAUGGUACUGUUGAAGAGGAGAAGGAAGAGAAGAAGACCAAGAAGGUUGAGAAGACAACUUGGGAUUGGGAACGAGCCAACACUGUCAAACCUAUUUGGAUGAGAAAACCAAGUCAAGUUGAAGCCGAAGAGUACGACGAGUUCUACAAGAGCAUCACGAAGGACACCGAAAAACCGCUUGCUCACGUACAUUUCACCGCCGAAGGAGAAGUUACGUUCCGAUCCAUCCUGUAUGUGCCCAAACGAUCUCCGAGUGACAUGUUCCAAAAUUAUGGAAAAAUUGUCGAAAACAUCAAGUUGUAUGUGCGAAGAGUAUUCAUCACCGAUGACUUUGCGGACAUGUUGCCGAAGUAUCUUGCAUUUAUCCGUGGUAUCGUUGACUCUGAUGAUCUUCCUCUCAACGUUUCUCGUGAGAACCUGCAACAACAUAAACUUCUGAAGGUUAUCAAGAAGAAACUCGUCCGUAAAGUUUUGGAUAUGUUGAAAAAACUCGAAGGUCAAGAAUUUGACGAUUUCUGGAAAGAAUUCAGUACCAAUAUCAAGCUCGGUAUCAUGGAAGAUCCAAGCAACCGAAUUAGGCUGGCUAAGCUCUUAAGAUUCUCGUCAUCAGCAGAUAAAGAGAAGCUUACAUCACUCACAGAUUAUGUUGAGCGGAUGAAAGACAAACAAGAUAAGAUCUAUUAUAUGGCUGGACUUUCACGCAAGGAAGUCGAGACAUCUCCAUUUGUCGAGCGACUUAUUGCUAAGGGAUACGAGGUACUGUACUUGACUGAGGCUGUUGACGAGUACUGCAUCCAAGCAAUGCCUGAAUUCGAUGGAAAGAAGUUCCAGAAUGUUGCAAAGGAGGGAGUUACUAUUGAUGACUCUGAAAAGGCCAAAGAAGCUCACAAGGAACUUGAAAAAGAGUUUGAACCUCUGUGCUCGUGGUUGAAGGAGACCGCUCUCAAGGAUAAGAUCGAGAAGGCUGUUGUCUCUCAGCGACUUGUCAAGUCUCCUUCUGCUCUUGUAGCCUCCAGCUACGGUUGGUCUGGAAAUAUGGAGCGUAUCAUGAAGAGCCAGGCCUACGCCAAGGCAAAGGACCCAACUCAGGAGUUCUAUGCAAUGCAGAAGAAGACUUUCGAAAUCAACCCGCGUCAUCCGGUGGUCAAGGAGUUGCUGCGACGUGUCGUUGCCGAUGCUGACGACCAACAAGCAAAGGAUACUGCCAUGCUUUUAUUUGAGACUGCCACCCUCAGAUCAGGAUUCUCUCUUCAGGACCAAGUUGGUUUUGCUGAACGUAUCGAGGCAGUGCUACGGCAGUCCUUGGAUGUGUCCAAAGAUGCUGAAGUUGAAGCAGAGCCUGUGAUAGAGGAAGAAGAGCAACCUGCUGAAGCUGAAGAAGCGACACCUGCUGAGGAGACUAAAGUAGAGGAGGAACACACUGAGUUGUAGAUCUAGUUCUUUUUUCUAGUAUAUGUGACCAUCAGUGUGACUUUUUGUUACAUUUGUUGGUAUAUUGUUGUUGUGAUUAGGAGGCUGUGUCUCCCAUCAUUCAUCUUCUCAUUGAUACGGUUUCCGUUGUUUUAUGAUUUCUUUUCCUAAGUUAUGAGGGUAAUAAAUAUUUAUUUCGUUCUUAACCGUG